UGAACCUGCAAAAAUUGGCGCAUAGUUAAUAAUUGAAGGUUGUGUUAACAAAUUUUUAUUCUUUGUUUUCCAUAACUCGUUUUGUAGACAGGACUUGUUAACCAAAAAAUUUUUAAAGUCUGGAGAAACAAUGGAGGAUAAGACUGACCAGGCUCUCUUGAGUCAUGAUAAUUUAGAUAGAGCUUCGCCGGAUUUAUGGCCAGAACAAAUCCCUGGUGUCACUGAAUUUCUCACUUCUCGGCAAAAUGAAAUAAACUUGCAUACUCCUCCUAAGUAUGCUACAGAUCUAGACAAGGAAGAUUUGGAACUAAUCCAUGACUUUGGUAGCCUUUCAACCCAGCAGCUAAUGGAUAAAGUUAAACAUCUUCAAAACCUGGCUUACCAGGUUGGGCUGGAGGAAGCAAAGGAAAUGACUCGUGGGAAGUUUUUAAAUAUUCUCGGAAAACGUUAAACUCCUCUCCUGAUGGUUUAUCUGUGCGCUGUUUCCGGUUGGUUUUAAGGACGUUUACUCAGAAAUGCCAAGAUUUUGUUUUACAACCAUCUAUUUAUGGACUUUUGAUGAUUGUUUUUCACCGAAAAUAAAUAUUCAUAAAUCGCUCA